CUGGGUUUCACUGGCCCACUGAGGGCCGUGCUCAGUGCCGCCCCACAAAGCGAGAGCUCAGCACUCUAGUCUAGACCACGAGACGAACCCCAGCCUCCCAAGAGAGAACAUGGGCGACUAUGACGACGACACAGCCUUCCUGGGGCAGACUGGUCCGUACUUCUGGACCACGUUCUUCCUCCUCAACACCGUUUUUGUCUCGACCGGAUUCAACGGGUUCUACAUCGUGUUUAUCGGGGCGUCCCCCGAGCACCGCUGCCUCAUCCCGGAUGUAAACCUCACGGCGGCGUGGCGGGAGGCCAUCAUCCCGGUGACGCUUGCGGACGGCCACCAGGCGCACAGCCAGUGCAGGCGCUACAAGCUGGACGUCAUCAGGAACCUCUCGGAACAGGGUCUCGCUCCGGGGAGGGACGUGAACCUGACGGGGCUGGAACAGGAGGGCUGCUUGGACGGAUGGAGCUACAGCAAAGACAUCUACCAGGCCAACAUCGUCACCGAGUGGGACCUGGUCUGUGACGACCAGUGGAAAGUGCCCUUUGCAUCCUCCACUCUCUUUGUGGGAUACCUCCUGGGCUCGCUGAUCUCGGGUCAGCUUUCUGACAGAUUCGGGCGUAAGAAGAUUGUCUUCAUCUCUCUGGCAGCUCAGUGCAUCUCCAUCAUUUUGCAGUCCUUUUCCCAAUCAUGGAGGAUGUUCUGCAUUACGUUCCUCUUCGUCGGCGCCUCACAGAUCUCCCUCUAUAUCUCUGCAUUCGUUCUAGGGACAGAGAUGUUGACCAAGACUCUGCGCGUGGUAUUCACGACUCUCGGGGCGUUCCUCUUCUACUGCAUCGGCUACAUGAUGCUGCCAUGGAUUGCGUAUGGCAUCAGAGAGUGGAGAACCUUGCUGGCUGUUCUAUCCGCUACUACUGUGGUCUACAUCCCUCUGUGGUGGUUCAUCCCAGAGUCUCCUCGGUGGCUGAUCACUCAGGGACGCAUGGCAGAGGCCGAGGCCAUCGUAAGAGACGCCGCACGGAGGAACGGGGUUGAGCCGCCGCUUGUUAUCUUCAGAAGAUCUGAGUCGCUACAUCCAGGCAAGACGUACACCAUGCUGGACGUUCUUCGAUCGAAGAACCUACGAUGCAUCACGCUCAUGUGUCUUGUUUUGUGGAUGGCAACAAACGUCGGUUAUUUCGGAUUGUCCCUGAACACAUCCAACCUCAGUGGAAAUCCCUUCAUGAACUGCUUCUUGUCAGCGACCACAGAGGUGCCUGCUUAUGUCUUGUCCACGUGGCUCCUGAAGAAAUGUGCCAGGAGAGCUCUUCUGUCCACCUUUCUAUUCAUUGGAGGAGGCGUUCUACUGCUCAUCCAGUUCAUUCCCGCUCAUCUUGAAUAUGUGGCCUUAGCUCUAGAAAUGGCCGGCAAGUUUGGCUUCACCAUGGCCUUCAGCAUCGUUUACAUCUACACGGCUGAGAUCUACCCCACCGUGCUCAGGAAUGUCGGCAUGGGGAUGUGUUCCUCGGCCGCACGCAUUGGCAGCAUCACCGCUCCUUACGUCAUCUAUUUAGGCACUUAUGACAAGGUUCUUCCGUACAUCCUCAUGGGAAGUCUCACUAUAGCCUCCUCUGUGGUCAACUUCUUCCUUCCAGAGACCCUCAAUCGGGACCUUCCGGAAACUUUGGACCAGAUGCAGGAAUGUCAGGGGUUGUGCAGUGGACCCAAAAAGAAAAAAUGUGUUGAAAAUGGUGGAAGUGGACACCCAGCAAAGCAACAUGAAGCCAAAUGUGACACUGCAUAGACUCUUAAGGUGCUACCAUUCAUGUUUAUGAAUCGAAGGCUUGCUUAAAAAGCUAUUUUGGACUAGGUUGAUAUCUGCUAAUCCAUUUGUGUUUGAUGUUGAAAUACAUGGAUAC